UCAGUCACACGGCUGUUAUCACCUGUCAUGGAUAUCGGCGUUUGCUGCUCUACAUUUCUCAAACAAAUUUGUUUUGAUUGUUUGGGAUAGUUACUAACAGUGUUAAAUGUAUUUAAUUUAAAGCACAAUUUUUGCAUUAAAGUAAAGACGUACUUUUGAAAAAUCUACUAGUCAUAUCUGUUAGAUACCUAUACUGUAAUAUUAAAAAGAAUCUCACGAUGAAAACAAUAAAGUUAUUUGGUAUCCUCAUUUUUUUACUAUUAGCGUCUCUUUCUGAAACUAAGAGAAGACAAAAGCAACCGAAUAUAAUAAUUAUGUUAAUGGAUGAUAUGGGCUGGGGUGAUCUUGGUGUUUUCGGAGAACCUAGUAAAGAAACGCCUUACCUCGAUCAAAUGGCUAGUGAAGGAACUUUAUUAACUGAUUUUUAUACAGCAAAUCCAUUAUGUUCGCCAUCAAGAGCUGCUUUACUAACAGGUCGUUUGCCCAUAAGAAAUGGAUUCUAUACUAAUAAUGCCCAUGCUCGUAAUGCCUAUACACCUCAGGAAAUUGUUGGUGGAAUAACAUCUGAAAUAUUGCUUGCAGAGUUGUUGAAUAAAGCUGGUUAUUACAAUAAAAUUGUUGGAAAAUGGCAUCUUGGUCAUCAAUACAAAUAUCUUCCUCUCCAACAUGGAUUCCAUGAAUGGUUUGGAUCUGCCAAUUGUCAUUUUGGACCUUAUGAUGGUAAAAGUACACCUGAUAUUCCUGUAUUUAGAAAUAAUCAGAUGGUUGGAAGAUAUUAUCAGGAUUUCAAAAUAAAUAAGAAAACUGGGGAAUCAAAUUAUACACAGCUGCUGAUAUCUGAAGCUGUAAACUUCAUAAAAAAUGCCAGUUCUUCACCAAAACCAUUCUUUCUGUAUUGGACACCUGAUUCAUCUCAUGCACCAUGCUAUGCCUCUAAAAAUUUCUUAGGAAAAAGUCAAAGAGGAUUAUAUGGUGAUGCUGUUAUGGAGCUUGAUUAUGGUGUUGGACAAAUUUUGAAUACAUUACGUGAUCUUAAAAUUGAAAAUGAUACAUUUGUUUUCUUCACAUCUGACAAUGGAGCUGCUUUGGUCAGCCAAGUCAUGGCUGGCAGUAAUGGUCCUUUUCUGUGUGGCAAACAGACUACAUUUGAAGGAGGUAUGAGGGAGCCAGCUAUUGCUUGGUGGCCAGGGGCCAUUCCAUCUGGACAAGUAUCUCACCAAGCAAGUACAGUCAUGGACUUGUUUUCAACUGCUUUGAACCUUGCUUCUAUAAAUCCUCCUAAAGACAGAAUUAUUGAUGGCAUGGAUAUUUUACCAUCUCUGAUCAAAGGAAAAAAUAUUGAUAGACCUGUAUUCUAUUAUCGUGGAAAUGAAUUAAUGGCUGCAAGAUAUGGACUUUAUAAAGCUCACUUUUGGUGUUGGACUAAUUCACGUGAGGAAUUUAGUCAGGGUAUUGACUUUUGCCCGGGUAUGGAUUUGAAAGGCAUGACAAGUCAUGACCAACUGAAUCAUACUGCACAGCCUCUUGUUUUUCAUCUUGGGAGAGAUCCAGGUGAAAAAUAUCGACUCAACCCUCAGUCUCUGGAAUAUAAAAAUGCUCUUCAAGCCAUAAUGACUCAAGUCAAUCAUCAUCGUGCUACAUUAGUUCCCGGAAAACCUCAGUUAAAUAUGUGUGAUAAUGCUGUCAUGCAUUGGUCACCUCCAGGAUGCGAGAAACUCAAUGAUUGCCUGAAACCUCCUCCAUCGAAGCCUUACAAAUGUAGUUGGCCUCACUAAAAAUCAUGUGAAAUGCACACUGUGAUAGUUGAAAUUCAAAUUCCGGUUGUAAUUGAACUGAAAAGCAAGAUUCUGCACAUUCGGUUCCGUCCCAAGUAAAUUGAUCUGAAGAUGGUGAUUUCUUCUUAGAGCAACAGGAAAAAUUAAAAUAAAAAGAAGUAUGACUUGGGAAAAGAUUGUGAUAUUUCUGUAUGUGAUGUUAUUUUAUUAUUUGAAUAAUAAAAUGAUCUUUACUUUAUUUAA